AUAAAUAAGUGCCAAAGCUCAACUUUCAGCAGUGCAGAGGAAAAGCUGCAGAGUAGAAAUAUAUCUGUACAACACACAGGCGGCAGAGCUGAAAUGGCAACUAUUCGUCGACAGAUUCCUUACACACCUAAAGCUCCUGUCAGACAGGGAAUAUACAGUCAGGCGGUGGUUGUGGACAGAACUAUGUUCAUCUCCGGUCAGCUGGGGCUGGACGUUGCCUCCGGUCAGCUGGUAGAUGGAGGAGUCCAGGCCCAGGCCAAACAGGCUCUCAUCAACAUGGGGGAGAUCCUAAAAGCUGCCGGCUGUAACUACGGCAACGUGGUGAAGACUACUGUGCUGCUUGCAGAUAUAAAUGACUUUAACAGUGUCAAUGAGGUCUACAAGACAUUUUUCAGCAGUAACUUUCCUGCCAGAGCUGCCUACCAAGUGGCUGCUCUCCCCAGAGGUGGACUGGUGGAGAUUGAGGCGGUUGCUGUCCUUGGCCCUCUGUCAGACUCCUGACUAGCCGAUUACAUCUCAAACAAGUUAUAGUCUAACCACCGAGUGGCCUUCUAGUUCUACUGUGGAAGCCUUACUGUAGUUCCAAACAACUCAUGAAAGACCAAACUAGGAUCUUGUUGACUUUCUCUUGCUAUGUUUUGGUAUAAAAUUGUUUCUCUUCUGGCCACUGUGGCUGGUUGACUACACUGCUGAAGUAUUCUCAGUAUUAUACCACUGGAAAACCAUUGACCUUUAAAUUAAAACCCUUUAACAACAGAGAGGCACUUAACUUACCAGCAUUUAGUUUGCGGCUGAAGGUAAUUUCACACCUGACUUGCCUAUACAGCGGCUCUCACUAAUAAAUAACUGCACUAACACCCAAGAAAAUCAUUAUUCUCCCUAAAAUGUCACACCCAACAUAUGUCUUCAUCCUUGCUUUAAGAUAAUAAAGAAAGUACAUGUCAUUUUUAAGGUGGCCUUUUUAA